AUGGCGAGGGGCGUUUUAGCUCUUGUAGGGAACGGUGAGAAUGAGACUGUAAUUAGUGAGAUGGGCCGAGUCCUUGAGGGGUCGGGACUUGUGUACAUGCUCGGCAUGAUUGUUCUGUCGAUCUCUGUCAUGUCUUUGCUUAUCUUAGUGUGUGCAGACGAUGGAUCGAGUCGCAAGAAUCGGAGUAAUAUGGACGGAGGUGGCGGUGGUGGCGGCGGCGGUUGUGGUGGUGGCUGUGGCGGUGGCGAUGGUGGUGGAGGUGGCGGUGGUUGUGGCGGUGGUGGUGGUGGGGGUGGUUGUGGAGGUGGCGGUGGAGGCGGGUGUUGA